AUGCACCGCGGAGCCACACCUUGCGUUUCAACCUUGCGCCUGUUCGAGGCUCACUUGCGCCGAGUGGUUGGAUUACAGUUCUGGGGGGCGAAAUCUACCAGCCCGCGGAUACGACCCUUUUCUAAGAUCAACUCAAAUUGCGCGAGGCUUUCGACUUCGAAGGUGAGAAGUCCGGGCGACUCGGGUGCAGACGAACCACAGACGGAAGCGGCUGCGAAGGAGGAAACCCGGGCAAAUGGACAUGUACGCGAAGGAGUUGGAUCGGGAUUGAAGGAUGAUGCAACUGUCAGCAUUGCGCAAUCUUCGCCGAAGGCGGGACUUAAGCUCGACAGCUCCUCACGAUCCGAUGAAGCUUUCGACCCGAAAACCCCUGCUGAUGCCGAAGAAGUAGCGAAUACAGACGCAGCUUCAAUCAUCAAUGAACAUUUGAAACUACUGGUGGAAGCCAGCAAGCAGACGCAAAAUGAUCACCGGAUGCAAUUUCUAGAUUCCCGGCCUAAUUCAGCAGCGGCGGAGGCGAAACCGAAAAACAGCAGGCAUGAAAAUCGAUCCAAAAAGUCAGGAAAGGUUCCGGAUUGGCGCCCUUCUGACCCUGUCGAGGUUUACGCCGGAGUUACUCGACCUUCCCUCGCCGGGGUCGCUGAUACGAAAUGGGAGGCAUUAGAUUCCGACCUUAGAGAGCUGCUUUACAUGAGCGUUCCAAACGGCCAGCCGCCAUUUCCGCCGAAGUUCACCUAUGUGCUAACAGCCUGGUAUCGAAAUGGAAGACUGGACGAUGGGAGCAAGCUUCUACAAAUGAGCGAAGAAGACUUCAUGAUUCGGGUGAAAGUCUUGAGUUACAUUCGUCAUCGGGACCCUUCAGUCUCCCUUUCUCACGCCGGUGCAUUGUUGAAGAUGAUGCGAAAAAGGGGCAUGCAGUCAGCCAAGGCAAUCAUGUAUUUCAUGGACAUUCUCGCUAGAGGCGGCAUGCCGCAGAGAUUAGGUGUUCUCCUUCGGGAACUGGAGACGCGAAAUGCUCCCACAGUCUUCGUGGAUGCUGGUCAUUGCUAUCUCGCCGCCGGGCUAGCGUUGUCGGGAGAUUUGCCAGCUGCGAUCAAAACCUUUGAGAGGAGAGGCAUACCGAAAAAUCAAAUCCUUCCCUUGACACAUUGGGCGUUCAUCAAAGCAUACGCCCGCGCCGGCAUGCGAGACGACCUGAAUAUGCACCAUGAGCAUCUGAUGAAAAUCCGUGGACCCACUGAAGAGUUGCGCAAAUUACGACGCGAUGCCAACUUCGAAAUCAUUAAGUUCUUGGUUCUACGACACCCCGGUGACUUGUACGCGAUUGCGCUCGCAAUAACCAACGUCGUCACACGACACAACACCGAACCUGGCUUUCCUACGAGUGUCUGGGAAGCCCUGAAACUGCUUGCACGCGGGGGCUCGGAGUAUACCAAAUUCGCGCACAAAUUCUGGCAACGUUUUGCGCGUAUCGCUAGCACGAGACCCGCACGGGAAGCAGGCCUCACUUUGGGGGCAGAAACGCGGGAUCCUGCAUUAGCGUGGCAGUCCAUCAUACAUUUGAUCCCGAGGAAAGACAAUCCGCCGUCUUGGCCAGACUGCAAGAACCUGGCCAUAGCCCAGGGUCAGAUACAUAAGCUGGACGACGCUCUCGCCAUGCUGGAAUCCGCUGGUGUACCGUUCGAUGCCGCCACCGGGCUUAUCAUGUUGCGGGGUUACUCCUCUUUGUUGGAUAUUCAAUCUGCCAAGGUCAUUUUUGAGGCCAUGGAGGUUCGACGGUGGACUGAUCGACCAGUUUAUGAUUUGAUGGCGGGGAUUUACUCACGGAUAGGGAUGGUUGAUGCGAGCAGGGCAUUAACGGAGCAGGCGGCCACGAGAGGUUUGCAUCCUGGUACGCAUCCGCAGGUGGACUUCGCCCCGCUAUGGGCCGGGCUGAGGCAAAGAGCGCGUGCUUCGGUUGAGCAGCAGGAGUCGGGCCCGUUUAGGGGCCCACUUUCGUGA